AUGGGAUGGGAGCGAACACUAACCAACCGUGGCUCCACAUUUGAAGACUUCUCCCUAAGUGGUGCCAAUCCAACCCUGCUGCUGUCUGCACCCCCGACAGUGCCCAGCUUCUGCUGCACAGUGGGGGUGGACUGGAAGUCUCUGACCACACCGGCCUGCCUGCCCCUCACCACCGACUACUUCCCCGACCGCCAGGCGCUACAGAACGACUACACUGAAGGCUGCUACGACCUGCUGCCGCACAGUGACUUGGAGAGGCGUGAAGAUGAAGCUCCAGUGAUGAGUGCGUCUCAGGUGUUUGAGGAGUUUAUCUGUCAGAGGUUGAUGCAGGGCUACCAGAUCAUUGUCCAACCCAAUAACAGGAAACCCCAGCCCGCUGUGGCCACGCCGCUUGGCAGCAGUCCUCUCUACUCAAGAGGUUUGGUCUCUCUGCGUCGAGCAGAGGAGGAGGAGACGGUUUACUGGCUCAGUAUGGGCCGGACCUUCCAUAAAGUUUGCCUCAAAGACAAGAUAAUCACUGUCACUCGCUACCUGCCCAAGUACCCAUACGAGUCAGCACAGAUCCAGUACAGUUACAGUCUGUGUCCUCCACAUUCUGAUGCUCAGUUUCUGUCCUGCUGGGUGGAGUUUGGCCAUGAGAGACUGGAGGAGUACAAGUGGAACUACCUGGAUCAGUACAUCUGCUCUGCUGGCUCUGAGGACUUCAGUUUGAUCGACUCUCUGAAGUUCUGGAGGACUCGCUUCCUCCUGCUGCCGGCUGGAGGAGCCAGGCGGGUGGCAGACGGGGAGGGGCACUGGGAUGUUUAUGGGGAGGGAGCAGGUGCUGGGAUGGGAGGCAGCGGGGACUGGAUCCUGCUGGAUGGUUUCAUCCGCUUCCUGGAGGGUCUCAACCGCAUUCGGCGUCGCCAUCGCUCCGACAGGAUCAUCAGAAAGGGCACAUCAAUGAAAGGACUGCAGGUUACCAGUCCUCUCCCUGCGUAUCCUCCCGAGCCAGUGGUGCCCCCACAAGGCAAGAAAGGCACAUCAGCUUUAUCAGUCUUACUGGAGAUGGAGCAGAACCAGAAGAUUCUGGAGGAGCAGCAGCAGGCGAAGCCCUCAACAGCUGUCAGUGACUCCUCCAGCGUUGCCACAGCCCCCACAUAUGUAGACAGUCCCCGCAAGGACGCUGCCUUUAUUUUGGAUUUUAUACGUAGCCCUCGCUCCUCCUACAUCUAUCACUCUCAGGUCAGUAACGAGGUCCCUGAGCAUCACUGA